GCGUUGACAUUAAUCUUCAAGGGAAAAUAUAUUUUCAUCUUGUAUACUACGAUGGAUGAAAAGCAAGUUAAAGUUAGUUUGUGGUGCGUGCCGCGAUCAUUGUCCACAGUACUAACCAAAUGCCUGAGUGUCAUCGACGAGACGGAGGUCUAUUUCGAACUGUUUUCUCACGCCGAUGCGGCAUCUAAUAUGUUCAAGUCGAUAGUGGGUCGUAGGCUCCCAUCCCAGUUAGAAGGAAAUGAAAAGGAUUACGACCAGAUGAGUGAGCUUUUCAAUGCAAUGUCAAUUGGCAGGAAAAUAAUCCAAAGGAGAGCAUCGUUCCUCGACAUCAAGCAAGAUUUAGAGAAUGCGUCAAGCAGGUAUGUUGUCUGUAAAGAUAUGGCUUACACCUAUGCUCAAGAAUAUCUUCCCCGAGGCUUCAGACAUGUGUUUCUAACUCGGGAACCUUCGAGAGUUUUCGCAUCUUACCGGAAGAGCAUUCUGGCCGCGGCGCCAUCGAUCCCAGAGAGCCACCACCCGAAGCAUGCCGCAGAUGAGCGCGAGUUUGACAUCAUUCGUGAUGAUGUCGCAUCGACACGCCCAAAGAGUUGGUACGAGAAGCAGCACGAACUUUGGAAGUACGUCAGAGAGCACAUCGAACCUAACCCAAUCAUCAUUGACGCUUUCGACCUCGCCUCCGAACCUCGGAAUAUUUUGAGGGCUUUCUGUAAUGAUGUUGGAUUUCCAUACAGCGAUGACCUUCUACAAUGGACCCCCAGUCAAGAAUUCCCAACGAACUUUGUGACACCAUUAGAGAAUAUGUCUCAAGCUGUGGGCCAGCAGCUGUAUGCCACAGCUUUAAGCAGCACAAGUUUUGUGGCGCCCCGUGAAUCUGGGCCCGUACCACGUGAUCAACUCACCAAUGACGUCAUCGAAUGUGUUGACCAUUCAAUGCCAUUCUAUCGUGAAAUGUAUGAAAAUAGAUUGCGGCCUUCUUAAAUAUAUGAUGAAUCUGUCCGUGUCUAUCAUAAAAACAAUAGGCCUACUUUUGUUUUUAAGAUUCAUGCAUUGAUUAAAUAAAACAAAAAAAAUUAAAUGAUCAUUCAUAAGUGAAGUUCAGCACAACAUUAUUUCAUUUUUCAUUGGAAAUAUUGGAUUUGCAUCAGAAUUCCAUUUGUCUUGUACAUUCAAAAUUAAUCUCAAUCAAAUUUCGGACAAGUUUAUUGAUUGUGAUUAAAGAGGACAAUAAAGGUUUAAUCUUAUCAAACGAAAUGUAGGGGGUUGCCGGGUGGAUAACUUCCCUAACAGAAAAGGAAGAGGAUCAUUUUUUUUUCUUUGUCUCUUUUUUUUCUUAAAUCAAUUUUAACAUACUUUGUAUAUUUCGUCUGAUUCAUUUGAGCCAAAUCUAAUUUCCAAUUCUUUCCUUUUCCCCUAUUUUAUACUUCCAUACGUCCUUAUCUGUCAUUAUAUUCGAGAUAUUGUUUUCCAUGAAGUAGGGUGGUAUUUCUCGUUUUAUAAUGUCCUCUGUUUUCUCUUUUAGUAUCAAACUUUUAUUUUCUCGGUGCAUAUUCUGUAAAGAUAUUUUAGGACAUAAUAGAAAUUAAACUACAGGAUUAUACUCAC